ACAUCUUUUGGCCAAACCAGGAAGGAGGACUGAUGCAGCAGGCACAUGGGAGAAGAUGCCAUUCCACCAUGUGCGGGCGGGCCUGCUCUAUCCAGACAACUACCUGAGCAGCUCCCUGACAGAGGGCAGUGAAGCCUUCCAGCUCACCAGCAUCUCCACGGAAGAGCUCGGAGAGAUCCGUGAGGCGUUUCGUGUCUUGGAUCGUGACGGGAAUGGUUUCAUCUCCAAACAGGAGCUGGGCAUGGCCAUGCGCUCCCUGGGUUACAUGCCCAGCGAAGUGGAGCUGGCCAUUAUCAUGCAGAGACUGGACAUGGACGGGGACGGCCAGGUGGACUUUGAGGAGUUCAUGACGAUACUCGGGCCCAAACUGCUGUCGUCCGACAACAGAGAAGGAUUCCUGGGCAACACCAUUGACAACAUCUUCUGGCAGUUUGACAUGCAGCAGCUGUCUCUGGAUGAGCUGAAGCAGGUGCUGUUCCACGCCUUCCGGGACCACCUGACAAUGAAGGACAUCGAGAACAUCAUCAUCACCGAGGAGGAGAGCCUCAACGAAACCUCAGGGAACUGCCCUGAGUACGAGGGAGUUCAUCCUAAGAAGAAGAAUCGGCAGACGUGCGUAAGGAAAAGCCUGAUCUGCGCCUUCGCAAUGGCUUUCAUCAUCAGUGUCAUGCUCAUCGCAGCCAAUCAGAUGCUGCGGAAUGGCAUGGAAUAACCAAUUGCACUGUGAGCAUGAGGAGUGGACAGAACAGCCACGACCUCACAUCUUGUCUUUGCAGCCAAAGCUGGACCAGCCACAACCCAAGCACUUCUCUAAACAAUCAGUUCAAGUUGUAUUCUUUCUUUUAAGUUUAGAUUGAACUUAUAAACACAGACAACGUGAGUUAAAUGGAGAGAGAUGUAUUUGUUUUGCAGUGUGGUUAUCACCAUGCAGUGGACUUAACGGUCAUGAGGAACCUGAAAACUGGGUUAUUUAGUUUUUAUUCUGUUUUGAAGAUCAAGACCGCUCUUUAAAACUUGAUUUUCUAAUUUACAAAAAAAUAAUGUGUAUCAGGUGCUUUGAGCCAUUACUGAUUUAAAAAGGUUAGAGUUAUUAUGGACAACUGAAUAUUUACCCCGGAGAAGUUGCGCUGAAUGUGAACUGAAUGAAUGUGGGCACUGAAUGUUGGACACAGUAUUUAAAUGCAUGGUGAAUCCCUCACUUUUCACUUUGUCGUCUUGUAUAAACAUCGCACCUUUUGUGAAACAUUUAAAUCCUCGGCUCGAUCCUGGGGCACAUGGAACAUUCAUGUGUAUCGACAAGGAGCACAACUCAAUACUCAGUGAGGGACCGACUGUCCCGCUAUCUCUACUGGUUAGUCCCAUGUAGUGCUGAUGGAUUGACUGGUCACUCAACGUGUGUGUUAAAGACGGUGGUGAUCACAUACAGUGUCCAACAGGUGUAAAAUAUAUUAAAAUAACAGGAGAUAUAGAAUCUGAGAUGUGGUUUCUGUAAUAUUAACCAGGCUGAGAUAAAUUAUUUUUGUGUUGGGAGACAAUGUUUCACCUCAGCAUCUCAUUGACUGCGGCAAAUACAAACCACACAAGACCAGUAUGUACACUGCCAUACCGGACAUUUCUCUUGUUUCCCCUGGAUUUCAUUGCUUCUUAGCUUGUGUAAUGUAUCAUUAUUUUCUACAGCAGAAUGUAUGAAGGGUAGAAACUAGUGAGACAUAUCAGGGAUUCUCAGUAGGGCUGUGACUUGCUGUUUGCAAGGAGAAGGUUGCAUCCUAGUGGUUCAGAUGAAAACCGCACCCCAAACGCUUGAUCAGCCAUGUUUACAAGGUGCUCGGAAACAAGACUUUGAGCAUUGAUGUGUGUUGUGUCGGUGUCACGAGGGCAGUUUGGUCUGAAUUAGUGAACGUUCAUUAGUUUAAUUGGCAAAACAAAGAUUUUUUUUCUCCCAAGUUGUGCUGUCGGACCCGGUGCACAGUUGAGGAAUAGAUGAGAGACUGGAGGUGACAGCGGAGGGGCCUUCGAUCGUUUCUGGGGUCACAGCUAAGUUUUAUGGUUCAGAUGUGAUAGCGCUACAAUUUCAAUAAGUGCACCGGGAUGAAACAUUUUGAAGAGGACCUUGUCGGUGUUAACAUUUACGCUCCUCUGAGCCGCCCAAGGUUGAAGAACCAAAUGACACCACAGAUUCAAUUUGAGGCUGAAAAUGUUUGGGGACGUUUUUUGUAAUGUGGUGCAGGGCAAUAAAGAGAUGUCACUGUUUAUCUACCGUCACUGGAAUUGUAUUGUAUUGAUUAUAUAUUUAUAAUCUGUUAUUGUUAGCAAAUUGUCAUUCUGAAAUUUUAAUUACCUGAAGUUUAAAGCGUCAGUGGAAUCACUUCAUUUCCAUUGUGUUUUAUGUGAUCGUUUUGUGAUAUUAAGAGAUGUCCUCAAAAUAUUUUCACUAAUAUUAUGACUAUACAUUAUUGGUAUUCAUUACUCGUGAUUACAACAUUAUUAGGUUCCAAUUCAAAGACUGUUUCAUUUCCAUUCAUUCCCAGGAGCAAUUUCUUUUUUUGUCUCUUGUCUUUUGCUGGGCUGGAUGAAAGCGAAACGGAAUAUUUCAAUCAAACUGAGGAGCAACCAUGGGAAGUUAUAUACUGUCUGCAUUAGACAAACUACGAAGAAGGGGAGAGGGCUUUCUUUAAAAAUAAAAAAAUUGCUUUAUAAGAUCAAGUAUAACAGCAAAAAUGUAUUAUACUGUAAAUCAGUAUGCAUGUUGUUGUUUAGAUUUCCGUGUCUUUGAAAGACAGGGAAAUCCAUUUAACCUUUCUUUGUGGAGGCACAGCCUUGAUUUCAAUUAAAUGUAUGUACUACUGUCACAUAUCUGACUUUCCAAUUUAUACUGUAACAGCCAUUUUUCUAGUUUCUACCAGCUAUUAAUCAAAUCAGAGUGCAGGGGAGGACAUUUUCAUAAAUAUGCAAAUACAAGGUCACAUCGUCAUCAUCAUCAUCGUCAUCUCUUUUUCACAUCAUCUAGAGUCUCUAAGUUUCACUGUGGAUGUUUGAAACUGACAUGGAAUACAAUAUAUUGUGUGUUUUAGUCACAUUAGGUUUUUUUAUGGAAUGUUCCCACUGCCUCAUGGUCCUGUAUUAACUGCUGUGUAAAGUUAGCUACACUUAUCCGUGUAAGUCAGUUCAUGUCUUUGAUAUUCUCAGCACAUUAACAUUUGACCGACGGACCAUGUUUUCACCUGUGUCUAUUAGCGCCAUGGUCCUUCUGAAACCAGCAUAGAUCACUUUAUCGUAACGAUUCUCUAAUAAUUGUGCCAUUCACAUGUCCUCGUGUGGCCAUGUAACGGAGACUCAUUUGAAAAAAAACUUUUAUCAACACUUUUGAAGUUUACAUUAUUAUUCUGUGCAUCUGUGACGGGACGGGAUCAGUUCACGAUUUUCAUGUUUUUGAAAGUUGCUUUUGAGAUUUGUUUUUAACCAAAACAUGUUUUUACCUUGUAGAUUGUAUAGAAAUAAAAACUAAACACAGAUAUGUAAUACAACCUUGGCAUGCUGCUUAGAAAAGGUGAAAGAAAACAGCAAUAG